GUUCUACCUCCAGUGCUGAAGAAGAUACUGUAGCUUUAUCAUCGAUAGAUUCAAAGAAUCAUGUAAUAUCAUCAAGUUCAAAAUUUAAUUCUACUACUUAUGGAAAAAAGGGAAGCGGGAGAAGUAAUGAUGAAAAAAAUGAAGGAGAAAGAAGUCAUAAUGUGAUUUCUGUCAUUGAAGAUAAUGAUUAUGGUGAUAACAGUAGUAGCAGUAACAGCGACAAUUUUUAUGAUAAACCAAGAAAAAAUGGUCAUAAACUAGAAAUUAUUAAACGUAUUAAUGAAGAAGAUUUGGCAAAAUCAGCUUUAAGUAUUUACGAGAAAUAUGGUCACAUGAAUAUCUUACCAGAAGAAAGUAGAACUACAAUGCAAGAUCUCAUUGAACGUCAAGGAAGAUACAAUCCUGUGGUGUUCUCAUCUGCCAAAUCAUACGUUUAUCAUAUAAUGAAUGUGAUAUAUUUCCCAAAAUUUAUUCAAUCAGCUAUUGACAUAAACAUUUCACAACUUCAUGCCAUAAUAGCUUUACCAUUGGGAAUAAUUGCUUUGACAAGUGGAUUUGCGUUUGAGCUUUAUAGUAUUUUUGUCGGAAUAGAUAAUAGAUUGGCAAGAUUAUGGGCUUUUCCUGCUAUAUUAAUAGAGAAACCAGUGAUAAGUGCACAUAAAAAAAGAGCACUAACAUUCAUUAUGUGGGAUGCACUUGCUGCAGUAUUGACACUUGGUAUAUUAUUUGCUAUACCUCCAAUUGC